AUGCGAGGUCAUCGUGAUGAUGGUAAUUUAUUAAUAGACAUGCCAAAAGAAAACGAUGGAAAUUUCCGAGCGUUACUUCGAUUUGCUAUUGAAAGCGGUGAUCAUGCUUUGGAGAAUCAUUUCAAAACUGCGAGUGCUAAUGCAAUGUAUACAAGCCAUCGCAUUCAAAAUGAAAUUAUUGAUACAGCAGGAAAGUUAAUCACAGCCAAUAUUGUGAAACGAAUUAACAAAUCAAGAUAUUUUACAGUGAUUGCCGACGAAAGCACUGAUAUAAGCGGCAUAGAGCAAUUUUCUAUGUGUUUUCGAUAUGUCGAUAAGUGUGAUGGUAAAUAUGUAAUUAGAGAAGACUUUGUAUGCUUUGUUCCUGUAGUAGACGUUACCGAGAAAGAGCUUGCAAAUACGUUAUUAACUACAAUGAAGAACAUUUGUAUAAACCUGGCUUAUAUGAGGGGCCAAAUUUAUGAUGGAGUGCGUGCAAUGAGCGGCAAAUUCAACAGCUCUGCGACCAAAGUACGAGAGUUAUAUCCGGAAGCUAUCUAUGUUCACUGCGCAAAUCAUAACUUAAACUUAGCUAUAACACAUGCUUGCAAAAUACUAUAA